UCUUGUGCGCCUUUGUCACCCCGGAUUCUCGUCCCCGAGGGCGGAUGCAGCGGAGAGACGCUUCAUCAGUGUCACGAAUCCGGAUUUCCCCAGCCCUUUGCCGGCAGAGAGGGUGGGGAGGACCGGGGACAGGACGAGCCAAUGUGAGCUCAGCCUCCAUCUAAGGUCUGUUGCUUUGACUCACUGUUUUCCAGCUGAUCUGAACCACUGAGAUCCAUCAUCUCAUCGUCACAGUGAGGCUGGUCUGCACACCAUCAGUCAGUUUUCUGCAGUGGUGCUGUAUUCUGAUGGAUCAGUAUGUCUACCACUAAUAACAUCGCCCAGGCCAGGAAACUGGUGGAACAGCUGAGGAUUGAGGCGGGGAUCGAACGCAUUAAGGUGUCUAAAGCCGCAGCAGACCUGAUGAGUUACUGUGAGCAGCACGCUCGUAGCGACCCUCUGCUGGUCGGGGUACCCACGUCCGAAAACCCUUUCAAGGACAAGAAACCCUGCAUCAUCCUAUAGCCAUACUCCCCUCCUCCCUUGAUUCAUACAAAUAAACACACACUUACCCAGGUACAUACAUUUCUUCAUGCACAUGCAGACACACACUUUCACCCACCUCCCAAGGACUCCCCCUUUUUUGUUCAAAUCCCCACAAUCACAUGGCAUCUAGCAGCAACCCCUGCCCCACCUUACUGGGCCCAGCUGUCUCCAUAAGUAUGCACACACACACAUGCUCCCACAGUAGCCACUCUGGAAAAGCACCAUACCCCAGAGCAUCAGCUAGAGGGCAGGUAUUGUCCUCGGAGUGGCGGAAAUCACUAUGAAUAUGAUCCAAGGUGCUUUGGUAAUAUUCAUAUAUGCUGGUAAACAAGUGUCAUCUUAGCGUGAACGGGGUUUGGACAUUAAUCAUCAGUUCAGUAGUCAUGGCUUUGGGGUUUGCUAAAGGACGGACAGCUGUGCAAUAGGUGCGGAGGGGGAGGAUGCAUGUGAGCAACGAAACAGGCAGCAGGCAUUCCUGUGCCAAAAACAAUGCCCUGCUCAGCUCUGUAAAUGAUGGAAGUUAAAAAUUCACCAGGUGUGAGGUAAAUGCAGGAGCUUUUGCUUUCGAACCAACCUGUGCUAAAUCACGACGGGUCAAAGAAACUGGCUUAAUCGAGCUAGCACGUUGCCGCCUUCAACAGACCUCCUGCCUUUAACCGCAGGUCUUAUCGCCGGCGGAUUCUCCGUGACUGCCUGCAGCCUUUAGCCAGACCUCCAGCCGUGCCAGCUCGUACAGAAAGCUGACUCUAGGUGCCGAUCUGUCGUCUCCACGACUGUCUGAAACUGAAGUCGCCCGUCAGAUCUGCGCUUAUGAGAAGAACAUAGCGAACCACUCCACACAAAAUUCAAGCUGUUAACCCUCAACAUUUACUCCCAUUUUUCCUAAGAAAUACUUGUGAAUUAAAUAUACGUUUUGAUAUUUUGUUGAAGCAUUACUUAACGGAUAGAUAAAACUGUACAUUCGUUGAUUGUUUUGUAGUACUUUUGACAUAUAGGCGUUGCCCCUCCCUGAUCGGAUUUAUCAUCCCGAUGUCUGGUUUUAUCACUUGGGGUAACGCCUGAACCGAUACCUACUAGGAUUUACGGAAAGAUUUCUACUGUACAUCAAGCCUCUCUGUGCUUUACCCAGAGAGAGGGCGAGGACAAGCUGACCACACUUCAGAUUCAGGCUGUAAAAAUUAAGGCUGCGUACGUUUGAUUAGUAUAAUUGGCAGUAAACGGAAGCGGCGCGAAGAGGAAAUUCUGUAAGCAUGGAGGUGCUUGGACCAUUUCUUUGUUUUCCUUAUUCAAACAGCGAUGACUUUCUAUUUUCAGAGUAAUAACCGCUCCAAAUCAGAUUGCAAUUAACAUCGCCUGGCUUGUAUUCCUCUUUUAUUCCGGUCUCAAGAGUAAAUAAUGGCUCGCUUUAACACGAGCUCAGACUAGAUCGAUAAAAAGCCAGUCUCCUGCUGAGCGACUUUCUUCGCCAAGUCCCAAGUCAACUCCUCUUCCUCUCUGAAAAACCAAACUUGAUUGUAAAAACUGAGGAAAGAAGUGUAUAAACUUUCUUUCAGACGUGCAGAAGUGAUAAGUUGAGAGUAGCUGUUUUGGGUUAUUUUGAGUUUCUUCUUUCUAUGGAGUUCAUGGAAACUGAUGAGUUGAGUAUUAAUUACCUUGUACAGUGUUUGUAAGAUACAAUUUGAAACACACAAUUCUCUCUAUGGAUGUUCUUUUUUUAAUUAAUACUUUACAUAUCACUUUCUGUUCUGUCACAAUUGCAUCUGUCUUCAUAGGGAUUUGUGUGUUUGUGUGUGUGUGUGAGGUUGGUGAUAACCACAGUACCACCUAUGAUGCAGGACACUGGAAGUUCAGAGUCGAGGAUGCUGAGACAAAGUCCAGACCGUAUAAUAUGAAAUACUGUGCAGCAGUACAAAUUCAUGAUUUUUGGAUUAAUUUGUCUGCCAAAAAAGAGAG